AUGAAACCUAUUCCAAUUCGACUAGCAAACAAGCCAGACACUUUAAAGCAACCGUCAAGCAAUACAUUCUUCAAUGAAUUUAAGAAACUGCUUGCGCAGUGGAAAAAUGGUCCUUCUACUAUCGGAAGGACUUAUCCUCUCCCAAUAUUUGAAGAAAAUCAGAUUCUUAAACUUUUAGCUGAUGUUAAAGAAAUAUUGAAAAUACAACCACCAUUAAUUAAACGAACUCCUGGCAUAAUUAUAAUAGGCGAUCUUCACGGGAAUCUUCUAAAUUUAUUGCAAAUAUUUGCCACUCAUGGACUUCCACCAUUACAAAAAUACAUUUUCCUUGGAAACUAUGUUAAUUUUGGAGAAUUUUCACUUGAAGUUGUUAUUUUUCUUUUCACACUCUUAUAUAUGUUUCCAUCUUUCAUAACUCUCCUGAGAGGUUCAUGCGAAUUUUAUAUUGCCAAGGGAGAAAGAACGCUUACCUCAAAUAUUGAACAAUUCUACGGGGCAGAAUCAUCUCUAAAAACAGAGUUUAUGGAAACAUUCAACUAUUUGCCUUUAGCUGCACAAAUUUCGAACAAUGUUUUAUGUGGACGUUCAAGUUUAUUUACAAAAUAUGAUACAAUCAAGGAGAUAUAUCAGGAAUCACUUCCAAUCCCAUAUGUUUUAGAUCAAAACAAAGCAUUUUUUGCAGGUUUUGCAAGCAUUACCCCGACAGAUGAGACAUUAUCUCAAUUUAUGGAAAAUAAUGGCUUAGAUUAUAUCAUUUUUGGUGGCAAAAACGUUGGUACAGGCAUUGAAAAGAUCAACGAUGAAACAUGUUUUGCUCUCUCCGCAGACUCUUAUAUAGGUUAUGCAGGAAUAAUUAAUUUCGUUGGUAAUCAGCCUCCUUUUUCACUUGUCUUUACAACUGACUCCAUGCUGCUCAGAGAAGUCACUCUUUUUGAAAAUAUUCAAUCAAAUCACAUAUCAAAGAUCAGACCGGUUAUAAGGUCCAUCAAACCGGAAAGAAGACAACUAGUACAGCCAGUAAACCAUCAAGGUGUCCCAGGUAUGAGCAAAUUACCAUGCUUAUCACCACAACCUCUUAAUCUUGGAAAAAACGGAUGGGCUAUGAAAAGCCAUUAA